AAAAAAAAAAAUUAGAAACAAGUUGCAUGAGUCGUAGGCCAUCUGCAGUUCUGCACAAACGACCCAUCCCUGGUAAGAUGUGUAAUGAGGGCCGAAUGUAAGAGUGGAAACCGAUGCCUUGUAAUUUCAAAGGCUUUAUCUUCAAAACCCAAAAGAAAGAACCACCAAACCGAAACCUCUGUUGCACUCUUCAGUUUUCUCCAGAAACCUAAGGCAACAAUGCUUCUCCAACCAUCCCUACACCACCAAAAGGCCUCACUUUCUUCAACUAUCUCCUACUCCCGAACCUUCCCAUGGAAAAAUCCCCACUGUGGCCUUCGCCAAACAGUAUAUUACCGGAAACUUCUAAUCACAUGCUCAAUAUCACAAGUCCACAGCUACGGAACUUUGGAUUAUGAGAGAAGGUCCAUGGUCAAAUGGAACUCUAUCCACAGGAGAAUCUCUUUGAUGGAAAGGCCUGAAUUGGGCGCUGGGACCGUGUUGAAUGAAAUGGAGAAAGACGGCAAGAAGCUCACUAAAUGGGAGCUUUGUAGGGUGGUCAAGGAAUUGAGGAAGUUCAAGCGGCACAAGCAAGCUUUGGAGGUUUAUGAUUGGAUGAACAAUAGAGAAGAGAGGUUUAGAUUAUCUGCCAGUGAUGCUGCAAUUCAAUUAGACCUUAUUGCCAAGGUGCGAGGAGUUUCUGCUGCUGAAGAUUUUUUUUUGAGACUUCCAAAUACCAUAAAGGACAAGAGGAUAUAUGGGGCUUUGCUGAAUGCCUAUGUGAGAGCUAGAAUGAGAGAAAAGGCAGAAUCUAUGAUUGACAACAUAAGAAAUAAAGGCUUUGCCACACAUGCACUCCCAUUCAAUGUGAUGAUGACUCUGUAUAUGAACCUCAAGGAAUAUGAUAAAGUUGACAUGAUGAUUUCAGAAAUGAUGGAGAAAAACAUACGACUUGAUAUUUACUCCUAUAACAUCUGGUUAUCAUCUUGCGGAUCCCAAGGAUCUGUUGAAAGGAUGGAACAGGUAUUUGAACAAAUGAGACUGGAUAACACCAUUAAUCCCAACUGGACAACGUUUAGCACAAUGGCUACAAUUUACAUUAAGAUGGGCCGGUUAGAAAAAGCUGAAGAUUGCCUAAGGAGGGUUGAGAGUAGAAUCAAGGGUCGGGAUAGGAUACCUUAUCACUAUCUCCUAAGUCUAUAUGGUAAUGUUGGCAACAAAGAGGAGGUUUAUCGUGUGUGGAACAUUUACAAAUCAAUUUUUACCAGUAUUCCGAAUUUGGGUUAUCAUGCUAUUAUCUCAUCUUUGGUUAGAAUGGGUGACAUUGAGACUGCAGAAAAGAUUUAUGAGGAAUGGCUACCAACUAAGACAUCCUAUGACCCUAGAAUAGGAAAUCUCCUCAUGGGUUGGUAUGUUAAAGAGGGAAAUUUGGACAAGGCUGAAAGUUUCUUUAACCAUAUUGCAGAAUUGGGAGGAACGCCUAAUUCUAGUACAUGGGAGAUUCUUGCUGAUGGGCAUAUCAGACAGAAGAGAAUUUCUGAGGCUUUGUCUUGCUUUAAGGAAGCUUUUCUUGCUGAAGGAUCAAAGCUUUGGAAGCCAAAACCUGUACUUGUGUCGUCUUUCUUUAAGCUGUGCGAGGAAGAAUCAGACAUGUCAAGUAAAGGAGUUUUGGAGGGUUGGUUGAGGCAGUCAGGAUGUCUUGAAGAUGAAAGUUAUGCAUCACUUAUUGGACUGUCAGAAGAAGUGUCGACUGAGAAAGAUAGGACAGGUAAUAUAAAUGACAGUGAGGAUAAUGAAAUACUUCUCAAUCAGUUUCAGGGUGGUGUCUGAUAUAUGUAUUGCUUCCUUGUGUCUAUGGAGAGAUUGUUUUCUAGACCUCGUGCUGGGAAGAGUGUAUCUAAGCUCAAAUUUUCAAGGUACUUCACUAUCUUUUCAUGGCAGUUAUCAACUGGCAAAUUUUAUUCUCAUGCUAAUGGUUGCCGGGAAUUUGAGUGUCUGGUGUAGCCAUACUGCAUAUAAGCAUGUUGAUGUACCCACAAAGAAAUACAUCCUGGCAAUUUGUGCGACUGCAACUUAUCUCAUUUUUUUAUGUUAGAACUUUUGUAUCAUUCUUAUCCUCUUCUCCCCCUCAAAGCAAAUACUUAAUAUUAAAGAGGCGAAGUUGCCUGCGGGAUGCAGCUUAUCCUUUUAAUA